AUGAGAGUUUAUCCUAAUGCACACCCGUUGCUUGCACCGGAACUAGGAGAUUGGUUCCUGUUCCUUAUUGCCGGCUCGCUUUUGUUCUGCCUCGUGAACUAUGUAGUGGGUGCCGUUCUGUUUCAUAGAGGAACCGCCAAUAAGUCCGGGUUCAAGACACCACCGCUGGUGCCCAGCGUUCUUCCCAUUUGGGGCCACUUCUCUUUCCGAAUGAUCGUGGAUCCGCGGGGAUGGGCUCUCUCAGCGAGGAAUCUAUUUGGGAAUACAACCCCCGUGAGGGCGCGGUUCCUGGCCAAUGACGUCUACAUCUUCCAAGGGACAAAGAACCUACAUGCCUUCUUUCGCCAGCGCGAUCUCUCGUCCUUCAAUCUGCAUGGGUUUCUACUCGACCGCGCCUUUGGGCUGCCCGCUGCUGCGGUGAGAACCUACACGAAAGAUGACUCGGGGGCCUACCCCAAGCCCUAUCCGGAGAGCCAGGUCGAGCCGCGCAACCGACUGGAAUAUCAGCUGGAGCGCAGCUUACAUCGCUUUCUGCUCGGGCCGGGCCUGCUGCCUCUCACACGGCGAUUCCAGCGUGCGAUCGCGCAGCGCUUCUACACCCUCCCCAUCGGCGGCGACUGGGUCCCGUGGGAUAAUCUCGUCACCUUCUUCGAGCAGGAGCUGGCGGCACCGUUCCUCAAUUCCCUCUGCGGGGACUAUCUUCUGCGGGCGCACCCGGACUUUCUGACGAACCGAUGGGCCUUUGAGAACAACAUCUGGUCGAUGAUCGCAGGUCUCCCGAGGUUUCUGGCUCCGCGGGCCUACCGGGCGCGCGAUGGCGCUCUGCGGGCGCUGAAGGACUGGCACGUGUGGGCGCUCCAGAACUUCGAUCCCGCGAUGGUGGACGCAGAUGGGGACGAUCCGGUCUGGGGGUCCAAGUUCUUUCGCGAGCGCAAGACCAUCUUCGACACCAUCGAUGGGUUCGACCUGGAUGCCAUUGCGACCCAUGAUCUGGCCUUUAUCUGGGGGACAACCAACAACAGCAUCAUCACCUCGUUCUGGACUGCGGUGGAAACCUUCCGCGACAGCCACCUGCUCGCCCAGGUGCGACAAGAGGCCGCAGCCUGCCGGAUCGACGACCCGGCGGCCGGCGGCCCCAACCAGCCGCCGCAGUUCGACAUGGAGAAACUGCUGCAGCAGCCGGUGCUGCAGGCCAUCUACGCGGAGACGCUGCGGCUGCGCAUCAGCGGAUACUUCGUGCGGCACCACUCCCAUGGCGACAUCCACAUCGACGGGUGGCGCAUCCCCAACAACCACCUCAUCCUCACGAGCCCGAUGCACGCGCACAUGGACCCCACCAUCUGGGCGGCCGAGCGGCCGGUCGACGAGUUCUGGCCGGGCCGGUUCCUGAAGCCCGGUGGCGGUGGCUGGGAGUUCACCACGGAGCGGGCCCAAGGCGCCUGGAUCCCCUACGGCGGCGGCUACCAUGCCUGCCCCGGCCGGCAUUUCGCCAAGAUGAUGAUCAUCUUCUCCACCGCGCUCUUGACCACCAUGUACGACUGCGAGAUUCUGGCGGACCCCAAGGAUCUGGAGAUGAGCAUGCGCAAUUUCGGCUUCGGAAUGUCCGGGCCCAAGGGUAAGGUGCCCGCGCGGCUGCGGCGGAGGGUAUAUUGA